AUGGAUAAUCAGUAUUUCUUUGGAUUCCCUGAGGGCUUUGAAGAGGAGAGAGGAGGCACCGAUUUGAGCAGGGACGCUAGGCUGCUGGAUCCUAGUUCUUCUUGCUCCUGCUAUCUGUGCCCUGGUGGAACAGGCUACCUGGCGGCUUAUGCCAGCUCUCUGGUGGGAGAACCAGUGCGGCCCUCUGAUGGGUGGAGCUGGGGGCUUGUUCCUCUGACGGACAGGGUCGUGUCAAGGGUGUUUGCUCUUGAGGCUGCCCUGGAGCACACGAGCCUCCCCAGGGUGGUGGGGGUGGAGAUGGCAGAGGCAGGCAGCGUGUGCAUGCCCACGCAGGUCACCGUAGGGAGGCCACCUGCCGUGCGGGGAGGACGCUCAAGCAGUGGUGUACGGAAGCGAGGCCUCCGGCCAACACCAGGAGAGGAGAAGACUCCUGCCAAAGGCUGUCAUCAGGCUUCAGGAACCCUCGGCUCUGCCUGA